UAUUUAAUUUUCCAACACACAUUUGCUUUUCUUUUGGCUUAAGCGCAGUUAAGUCGCAGGAACUGUUAACUCUUCCUAAGUAAAAAUGCUUCCUAGGAGAGAGAAAAGGAAAAAGGAAAAGGGGACAACACACGGAAAAAACGAGGACAACCUAUUCGCCAAAGGACAGGUUUUGUACCGCACCACCUUCUUCUAAAACUGCAGAUUUCCAGAAAGCCGAUUUCAAACAAAACGGGAGGAAUGGAUAAAUUCCAACUCUCCAAGCGCUGCAGACCAUCCGGAAGCAAAUGCUGGCGGCCUUGGGGAACGAUCGAAACGAGUAGCAGCAGCAAGGCUCUCUUCGUCCCAUUCAUUGACACUUGAUAGUACUUCCACGCCACUCACCUUCGUUCUAGCUGAGCGCAAAUCACACCAGGGAAGCUGGAGGGAGUCGGACACACACCCACACCCACACCCACACCCACACCCACACCCUUGGCCCCAGAGCUGUAAAGCGCAGUCCACGGAAUCAGGGGGAGGCCGAAACCCGGGAGUCGCUGGAAAAUCUCACUGCAAAAUCUCCCCGCUUUGAGGCUGGAACCGAGAAGAACGCCACAGGACAAAGCAGGGGAAGAGGGGGCACCUCCCCCUUACCUUGAUGGCUUUCUCCAUGUCGCUUUCCUCCGACAUGCUCCGUGAGGCCCCCGCAGCCGCGAAAGGCGGAGGCUGCUCAGCCGCCCUGACCCCGCGAGGCCGAGGGAGCAAAGGGCUCGGCACUCCGGCCCCUGGGCCUCGGGGCGACGGGCAGCAGCCGCCCCUGGGGACCGGUGGGGAUGAGGGCCCUGGUGCCGGCUCUGCUUCGGCGGGUGGCUCUAAGCUGGCGGCAGCAGCAGCGGCGGAGGCGGCGGCCCCUGGGGACAAGCCUUUGUGCUGGGCCCCGUGAGGCCGCCUCCUAGCCUCAUCCCCGGCAGGGGAGGCAGGCUCCCGGGGUAGGGCGAGGCGGGGAGGGCCUCGACCUGUGGCGCUGUGCAGGGGCCUCGCGGGGCCGCCGCUUAGGCCCGGGCUCGCCAGGUCCUAAGGAGGAGCCUGCGCCUCCGCCUCCGCCGCCUGCACCGCAGCGAAGCCGAAGCCGAAGCAGAGCUCGCCGCCGCUGCUCCCGCCACCGCUUCAGCGCCACACAUCGCCGGGACACCCGCGCCGGGCAGCCCCGCCGGCCGCCCUCACGCACGCGCUGUGUCCCGCGGGAGCUCCGGGCCGCCCUUCCUGUCGCCCAGCUUCGUGACUCCACGGCCCCACGCGCCCCUCGCUGCCUUCCGCUGGGGCUUCCGAGCCGCCCCCUAGCCGUGCACCCGACUUGCAGGCGCUGGCCUGGGCCUCCCUAAGACGCGCCGCAUAUAGGGCUGGCCCCCGGGCCUUCCGCGGCGGAGGCGCUGCACUAAUGACGUCAUGGGCGACCGGACUGGGCUGGGCCACCGGAGGUCGCUCCCGGACACGCUUGAGUGCGCAUGCGUUGGGGCCUCAGCCUUUAUCCUAGCUGCGGAGAUUCACGCCUGGGAAGGGCUCUUCGGGAAGCGCUCUUCAGAAAGGGAGGUCGACCCAGGAAACAGAAGAGAGGACUGAAGCACGAGAGUCCUGCCGUAAGGAAGCAGGAUUGUGUAGAAUACAUAAUAGCAGUAGCAGCUCUGUUUACGGAGCAUUAACCUUAUGUGGAGUUCUUUGCAUUACCUGCUUUCAUCUUUACAGGGUAGCCAUUUGGCGUUUGUGUGUGAAUGUUCCCAUCCCUAGUUUGCAGAUUGGGUAAUUGAGGCUCAGAGAGCUGGACUAGUUUGUGCACAGCCGAGAAGUGGUCAAGCAUAGAAUGAGAACCCAGGUUUGCGCUCCCUACUCUCCACUGAUAACCUGUCAAAGGGCCUUGCAAGAGCUUUUGGCUAAUCGCCUCUCAAUGGUUUUUCAUUCACUUAUUAAUUGCACAUCAGUCUGUGCCAAAUAUACUAGACAUUGGAGAAACAGUAGGAACAAGACACGGUACGGGCUCAUGGAUCUUUCAGGAAAAGGAAGUAGGAAAGCCCGAGUCUGAUGCUAAGAAGAACAGAAACAGGGUGCUGAGUGGAAAGUGAGCAGAAGAGGUGCGCGCAGUUUCCAGGCCUGGCCCAUACAGACCUCCAACAGGUGUUCGCCUAUGCUCUUACUCCUUCUGCCAACUGGAAGCAGAUGGUGAUCAGGCUCUGGAGAAGGCAAGGCCUGAAGAUGGGAGAUUCCUGAGUGGAGGAGAACUGUGCCUUACUGACCUGAAUAUCAACUCAUUAUUGUUAUGUGGGAAUAAACAAACUUGUGCUGACCUUUUA